ACAGCUGCCUCUGCCACCAUUGAACCUGCCAUGAUGUCUUGGGAUGAGACCCACCUGGGCCCUAAAUACAUGGGCCUCUGGGACUUCACGGCACGAACAGAUGAAGAACUGAGCUUUCGGGCAGGAGACCUCCUGCAUGUUAUCAGGAAGGAGGACCAGUGGUGGUGGGCCACCCUGCUGGAUGCGGCAGGCAAUGCCUUGGCUGAGGGCUACGUGCCCCACAAUUACCUGGCUGAGAAGGAAACUGUGGAGUCUGAGCCGUGGUUCUUUGGUUGCAUCUCCCGCUUAGAGGCCAAGCACAGGCUACAGGCAGAGGACAACUCAAGGGGUGCCUUCCUGGUCAGAGUCAGCCAGAAGCCAGGAGCAGACUAUGUUCUCUCUGUGCGGGAUUCUCAGGUCGUGCGACAUUACAGGAUCUGGAAGGAUGAUGUGGGCCGGCUGCAUCUGAAUGAGGCGGUAUCCUUCCCCAGCCUAUCUGAGCUUGUGGACUACCACAAGACGCAGAGCCUGUCCCAUGGCCUGCAACUGACCAUGCCCUGCUGGAAGCACAAAACUGAGCCCUUGCCCCACUGGGAUGACUGGGAGAGGCCAAGGGAGGAGUUCACACUCCGUAAGAAGCUGGGGGCCGGCUACUUUGGGGAGGUCUUCGAAGGGCUCUGGAAAGGCCAGGUCCGUGUGGCUGUGAAGGUGAUCUCUAGAGACAACCUCCUGCACCAGCACACCUUCCAGUCUGAGAUCCAGGCCAUGAAGAAACUCCGGCACAAGCAUAUCCUGGCACUGUAUGCUGUAGCAUCUGCAGGGGACCCUGUCUACAUCAUCACGGAGCUCAUGCCCAAGGGGAGCCUGCUGCAGCUAUUACGGGACUCUGAUGAGAAAGCCCUGCCUAUUUCGGAGCUGGUGGACUUUGCAUCCCAGGUUGCUGAGGGCAUGUGCUACCUGGAAUCUCGGAAUUACAUCCACCGUGACCUGGCUGCUCGGAAUGUUCUUGUUGCAGAGAACAAUCUCUGCAAAGUGGGGGACUUUGGGCUGGCCAGGCUUGUCAAGGAAGACAUCUACCUUUCCCACGACCACAACAUCCCCUACAAAUGGACAGCACCUGAGGCACUCUCCCGAGGGCAUUACUCCAUCAAAUCUGAUGUCUGGUCUUUCGGGGUUCUCCUUCAUGAAAUUUUCAGCAGGGGGCAGAUGCCCUACCCAGGCAUGUCCAAUCAUGAGGCCUUCCUGAGGGUAGAUGCCGGCUACCGCAUGUCAUGCCCCCUGGAAUGCCCACCCAACAUGUAUAAGCUGAUGCUCAGCUGUUGGAGCCAGGACCCCAAGCAGAGACCUUGCUUCAAAGAACUGUGUGAGAAACUCUUAGGCAUCACCAGGUAUGAGAACCUGGUCUGAGCUCCUUGGACGUGGCCAGGACCCACAGAAGAGAGGCUUCAUGAUUACCUUGGACCUCCAUCGAAGGUGUACAAUAUCCUUCAUCUUACUGGGAU